AUAGUAAACACUCCUGCUGCAGCAGUAGCUUCCUCAGUGAUGUUUUGUCGAGUUAGCUAACAUGCGGUGCCACCGUUUAAUAUUUCACCCACCAAAGGUUUCCAGCUAUCGCUGCAAAUCGUAUUUCUGUUACUAAUCCAGGUAGAUAUCAGGUGAUGUUAUAAAUUCUUUUUUGGGGCUUUACAAGACUGCAUCAAGUUACUGUCAUAAAGUUAAUCUUAGCUAACGUUACUUUCAGCUAGCUAUCUCUCAGACGUGUAAAGUCUGCUUCUUUUGCAAAGGAGUGAAACGCGACAUUAUUUCGGCUGCUCUGCUUUUUUAUGCCAAGAACUCCCCGUGCUCUGUGCUGAAAUGGUGCUUUCCUUGGUGAGCCUUUGUGCCAGGGAGGUGGUGAGUGACCACAGCUCGUCACCCUGCUGGCUGAGGUGGUUGCCCGGGGAGCUGUACCGACCGCUGCUGGAAGCCGCCUUCACCAGCUGCAGGCCGCUGGCUGUGUGUGAACUGGUGCAGAGAUGGCCUGAACGCACUCUGCGUGUCGGCGGACGGAAGAAACAGGGGCAAACUGCGCCAAAUCGUCUCUGCAUCCAGGCUCUGUUACUUGCAGUUGUCAGAGGACUGUCGGAUCUAAGGUGUGCCUUGCAAGUACUGGACCUCUGUGGACUGCAAGGAGAUGAAGGAGGGAUGGGAGACCACAUGGGAGGCUGGUCUCUGACUGUAGCUCUCUGCACAAUGGUUGUUCAGGCUAGAGCCGGAGCAUCGAGGGCACAGAGGAGAGAAAGAGAGCAAGAGAGGAAAAGGUUCUCCGCUCUGGAGAGAGAAAAGGGUGUGAAAAGAGAGAGGGGGGAGGAACCAAAUGGGGAUGAGGCACGCACAGAUAAGAAGGAGCUAGGGGUAAAUAAAAGAGAGAGGAUGGGAUCAUAUGGGAUUCUGGGUGAAGAGGAGGUGAUUAAAGGUGUCAGGAGGAGGAUGGAGAUGGAGAGGAAAAGAGAGACUGCAGUGGCAGGUUUAGGAGGCAGUAGAAAAGAGCCAGAAGAAAAAGAUGUAAACAGUGAUGUGUUGGUUCAUGUGAGAGCUGAUCUUUUUGUGAAUGCUCGCUCUUGGGAGCGUGUUCGCGUGGCUCUGAGCACACCAGGACCCCUCAAGCUUCAGUGCAGGCACCUACGUGUGGAAGAGAUUUCAGUGUCUAAUAUCAAGACCAUGCUAGGCCUCCUGCCUCGCCAGGUUCUUCUGGGCGUUGACGUCCGCUACAGCAGCCUCGGCGUGGCCGGCUUGGCUGAGCUGCUGCCUCUGCUCUCCACCUUCCCAGCACUGAACUCUCUUCGCUUGCACUACUGUAACUUAGAUUUUCGCAGAGACCAGCCAGGCCAGGAAGAGGCCCUGAGGGACUUGUCUGUGGGUCUGGCAAAGCUACAAGAACUGCGACGCCUCAGCCUCACUGCACUGCGCCUGCCCGGACAACUUCGUGUGCUGCUUAGCUCCCUGCCUCAGCCUCUAGAGAUACUGGAGCUGCCAUAUUUGAGCCUAACCCCAAGUGACCUGGCCUAUCUGUCCUGUAGCCAUCAUGCUUCCAAGCUGCAGCAGCUGGAUCUAAGUGAGAACCAUCUGGAUGAAAACACCCUGCCCUCUAUUCGCCGCCUCCUCUCCCAGGCUUCCGGUAGCCUGCAGCACCUGUCUUUAAGUGGCUGUGGCCUGACUGAUGGCUUGCUGGGACUCCUGCUGCCCUCGGUGGGAGGCUGCUGGGCUCUCAAGAGCUUGGCUUUGGCCCUGAACCCACUCUCCAUGGCUGGCCUAAUGGACCUGGUGAGGAUGGCCGUGAGAAUGCAGUCUCUCCGUCACUUACUGUACCCAAACCCUCUGGAGGACUACCAGCCGGGCCUUCCCGACCUGCCCUCCAGUGCUCAGCUCUUAGACUGGCCACUGGAUGAAGCCACAGACAUCAACACAACCAGCAGCCACCUCAACAGGGUGCUGAUAGACAGCGGCCGCUGUGACCUCUUUCUGACAUGUGACCUGCUCAAUUAUGAUAAAGACUUGGUGGACUAGAACAGAAGUGGCGGGAAUGACUUGGUUUGCUCACCGACACAUACCAGAGCAAUGUACAUACACCUGACAAUCAAAUCAUCACCCUAAUACUGGUGUAGUAUUCAGUUAUCUGUUCUUCUCUUUAUCACCAUCUGUCUGUCUUAUUUAUUUAUUUUUCCAUUAAAUACAUUACUGGAACAAAGUAGCAAGACACUCAAUACAAUGCAGACCUCCUACAAAGCCCAGUAAUCUCAUUUUUUGUGUCACCAAAGCAACAGGUUUAUUAUUUGUCAGGAGCAGGAAUGUGAUCAGGAGAUGGAUCAGAAGAUAACAUUUUUUGGGGCCAUGCUUCAAUAAAAUGGUGCUAUAGUACUUUAAUGAGCUCACUUGUUGAUUUAAAAAUUUAAAUUUGAGUCACUGCUGGUUUUGUACCAAAAUGAGACUUGCUGCUUUAUAAUCAGGUUAACGGGAUCUCGUGCCUUUUCAACUGUCACUAGGACUUUCUUUAUACAAGGCAGAUGCAGUAAAUGAAUAUGUACAUACUACACGUCAACAACCAAAACUACAAGUUUGACAGUGGUGUCCUUUUAUAAUCUGUGUUUGCUUAAUAUUUGCAUGUUCUUUCCUUAAAGAGGAAAUGAAUGUUAACCGCAAAAUAUUUAGGUGAUUUUUUAAAUGCAAACCAAAUCUUUUUUAAGUGUUUUAUUCACAAAGUAAUGUAUUUUCUCUUUGUGGUGUUCUAAUUUACAUAUUUGUCAUACUGUACUUCUUGAUUAUCUGUUUUAAAAUGUUCAGGAUUGUGUGUUUUUGUAUCCGUUUGUAUAUUGAGUCAUUAUCAGGAAAAAAACAAAUCACCCCUUGUACCACGUGAAUGCAUUUACAUUCUGUAAGUCACAGAAUAAAUCAGUCAUAAAGCAAA